UGGUGCCCUCGAUGGUUUGACACCUCUAAAAAGCAUACAUACAAUAUUUUAUUGCUGGUUUUGGUGGUAAAUUUGCAUUUUUAACGGCCGUGGCCAGACGUGCUCCCGCUUCUUUAACACACACGUCUCUCAAUGAAUACCGAUCAUCAAGUGUUUUUUUGACUCGUAUAUCCACAUGUAAAAACAAACCGAUACUGAAAUAUCAACAACUAAAACCGAAAUGUAUACUAAAUACAUACUAUGUACCACAUAAGACCGCCAUUGCCGUUGCCGUUGACAUUGUCAUUGCUGUAUCUGUAUCUCAAUCUCACUGACCAACUACCGCAAAGCGUAAUUGCAAAUGCAAACUGCAAACUGAAAACAAAAAACUGCACACACCUCAACCUCUACUCAACCUGUACUCAACUCAACUACUCAACCCAAAGCUCAAGCUGACUAGCCAACUUAUAUAUGUAUACGUAUAGUCCUUGUACUGCCUACGAAACCAAAACCAACCAACAAACCUCUCAACCAACCAAAAAAUCAACAACCAACCAAUCUAUCAACCGUCUACUGCAACUGGCGACAGAACGGCUUUAGUUUGCUGCGUAAAUAUAGAAAAAACAAAGGUGGUGUUACAAGUCGAAAAACAGUAAGAACAAGAGCUGCCACAGCAGCAGCAACAGAGGCAGAAGCAGACGCAGCGCAUCGCAUUCAAGUACAAGUAAAAGUAAGUGGGGAAUAGGUCAGGUCGACUCGGAAUCGGAAUCCACUGCACGGCGUCGCUUGACUAUCGAGGAGCCAGAAGCUCUGCGAGCAGCGCAGCGCCAUGCUCAACUCCAAUGCCAAUGGUGGCAACGGCAACGGCAACAACAACAUUAACAACAAUCAUGGGGCCAGCAGUCGUCGGCCAUUCUCCCGCAACUCCUCCUCGGCCCGCUCACAUCGCGGCGGCGGAGGUGGCGGUGGCCGCAUGCUCUACUCGCCGCAUCCGCAUCCACAUCUCCAUCCGCACCCCCAGCAACAGUCCCAGCAGCAGCUGCAGCUACUGCAACAGCAGCGGUCAAACAGCAACAGCCUCCUGCCGGGUCACAGUCCCUGGUGCAAUGUCAAUGUGAUGGGGCGUGGCAAUGAAACAGGCGGAAACAACCUCAACAACAUCAACAGCAGCAACAACAAUGCCAACAAUAACAAAGAUGCAAUCGACGGCCGAAACUCAAAUUGCGAUGUACAAACAAGUAAUUCUAGCGGAACUUGUAUUUAUAACAAUAGCAAAGCGCAUCAUCAUCACCACCACAGCGGCCACAGUCAAGGUCACACCACCACCAACACAACCACAACCACUCAUCACCAGCACCCUCAGUCUCCAUCUCAGUCUCAGUCCCAGACACUGCCACUGCCACUGCCACAGCCCCACCCGCAUUCGCAUCCGCAUCCGCAUACUUACUCUGCCCCACCUCAGUAUAACAGCUACCGUCCCCCAUCAAACGCGUACCCAACAUACUCACCAAACGGAAGUAGCAAUACUCACCAUAACCAUAACAGCAGCUCGAGAACAGCCACACAACAGAACCACCACAGCAGUCGAGGCCACAAUAACCCGAUUCCCAAUCCAAAUCUGAAUCCGAAUAACUGUAGAAACUAUUACGACAUUUGCCAUACCAGCGGGGCACAAACCCACACAUACGGCUCCAUGUCCGUGUCCGUGGUCCGACUGAAUCCCGCCCGCUUGUGUCUGACAGUUGGCCCCGCAUCGGAUCCUUCGCCCCCGCCACCCAGUCAACGGCACUCGCCUCUCGUAGUGUCCUUUGCCACUAGUCCUAUCAGUCCUGCCAGUCCCAGUCCCAGUCCCCAUCCACAUCCACGUCCCAACGAUCAUGGGCCAUGCCAUCGUGGGCAGAGCAGCCUUAAUCAUUUCGUGCCCACUCGUAGUCAGAAUCAGAAUCAGACACAUGCCCAGCAGCCUCCUCCCCAUCCCCAUCCACAUCCACAUGCCCAUCAAUAUCAUCAGCAAAUCCCACAUCAGAACCAACACAAUCCACACCACAAUCAGCCACAGCAACAGACUAAUCGCCAAUCCCUCCCGCUAACACGAACGAAUUCGAAUUCAAAUUCAACAAACGCAACAACUUUCAAUUCAACCAAUCCACAAACAACAAAUAGUAAUCCUACUGAUGUUGUGAAUGUAAAUUCUUGUACCGAUAUAAUUCCUUAUGGGUCGUCUUCGUCGUCAAUGCUGCCUCAACAACAACAUCAAAUUAAUAUUGCAUCCGCACCCAUCAAUAGCCACAACCAGGGACAGGGAUCCUCCUCCGGACCCAGUCACAGUCACAGCCACCACCAGCGCGGGUACAACAACAACAACAACAAUAACAAUCGCGGUGGCAAUGUCAACGGAAUCAACAUCAACGGCAGCAACAACGGUAUUGGUAACAGCAACGGCAACGGAAUCGCUAACGGUAACGGUAACGGUAACGUGAAUGGACCGCCCGAUUACAUGAACUAUCGUCGUGGGGGAGGCGUGUGUCCAGCACUGUCGAGGGACUACUCCGGCAAUGGACACAACCACAACCGUCGCCACAUGACCGAUAAUCAUCUGAACAAUGCAUCCGCAUCCAUGAACAGUCACAACAAUCCCGGCCACCACCAGCGCAACAGCUACAAUGAGAGGAAUCUAAGCAAUAACAAUAACCACUUUGGCAACCAGGAUCAAGGUGGUCCCGACCAUCGAGCCGAGGGUUCGUCGUAUAACUUUAUGCGCAAUGGCGGAGGCCCAGGCACCAACGGCUAUGGUCGAAACGGAUCCCAUUAUCAGCAUAUGGGCAAUGGCUAUGGAAACAACAACAUCAUCAACAACAACAACAACAACGGUGCAUCUACAUCAACAGGUGGUCCGGGUCUAAUGGGUGAAAUGCCUUCUGGCUCUGGGCUAUCGGGCUCAACCCUCUCGCUCAACAACGGGCCUGUGGGCCUCAACUCGGACAGUCCCUCGCGCAAGCGUCGCCGCAUCUCGGGCCGACCGCAGGGUGGUGCACAGCAGCCCCCGCACCGAUGCCUUCUUGCCCAGAUGCAGCAGGGAAGUCCGCCACUGCGUCGGCCGCGGUUGCGGGAUUUGGCCACCUCCACGGGGCAGCAGCAAUACGCCCAGCAGAUCCACCAGCCGCAGCAGCAGCCACCCAACUACCACCAGCUGCACCACCAUCAGCCGCAGCACUAUGCGGCCCAGCAGCAGCAGCCACCGCAUCCGCAGCGCUCCCCUUGGGAGUUGGGCGGCAAUGGAGCGAUGCCGGGAGGCAAUGCAGGCGGCGGAGGACCUUCGAGCAGCUCGGUGGGGACUAUACUGCAGCAGGUGCAGGCAGCGCCACAGCCGCCCAGCCACCAGCAGACGGUGGGCUAUGCGCCAGCGCCGCCGUCCGCCUCAUUGAUGGUGGACCUCAAUCUGAACCAGGUGCCCGUUAGCUUGGCCCUGCGCCAGGAGCCUUUCUGGGCCUCCUUCUGCACCUACCCGAUGCCAGCACAGGCACGCCUGGCCCCAUGCCACCUCCACGGCGUCUACACGCAGCCCUUCCCCGCUGCCCCACCCGGUCUGGCCGCCGCCACGCCCAUGCAGGUGACCCAGGUGCCGACGCCCACGCAGAUGGCCGCCGCAGCGGCCGCUGCCCAGCACAUGCUGGCCCAGGCCACGCUGACGGCCCAGCAGCAGCAGCGAGACGUUGCCGCCAUUGCUGUGGCCAACUUGACUCCCAUUGACCCGCCGGGUGCUCACCACAUGGACGGUCACCAUGCAGCAGGCGCCGGACAAGCCCCGGGACCGCAUGCUCACCCCCACGCCCAUGCCCACGCCCAUCCGCAUCCACACCAGCUGCCGCCCGGCAUUCACAUCACGCCCAUUAGCGGGGCUGCAGCGGCGGCGGCGGCCAGUCACCACUUACAUUCCACGGCGGCAGCGGCCGCAGCCGCUGGGCAACUGUCACAGAUGUCGGCCGGACCGCAGCAGAUCAUCAUCUCAUCGGAGCGACGUACAUUCCCGCCCCAUCGGCGCAUACCGCGCUUCUGGCCCGCCAACCAUGGACACCGGCAUGUUCUUCCGCCGCAGUCACUGGCCGCCCAUCAGGCGCCCGUGCAAAUCCAGACAACGGCCGGUAUCAUCAAUCCGGGCUUCUUGCUCAACUUCCUGGCCAUGUUCCCGCUGUCGCCAUACAACGGACACGAUCUGAGCUCCGGGGACACCAACGAGACGGAAAACUACGAGGCGCUGCUCAGUCUGGCCGAGCGCCUGGGCGAGGCCAAGCCACGCGGUCUGACCCGCAACGAGAUCGAUCAGCUGCCCAGCUACAAAUACAACCCGGAAGUGCACAAUGGCGAUCAAACUUCUUGUGUGGUCUGCAUGUGCGACUUCGAGCUGAAGCAGCUUCUGCGUGUCCUGCCCUGCUCCCACGAGUUCCAUGCCAAGUGUGUGGACAAAUGGCUAAGGUCCAAUCGCACUUGCCCCAUUUGCCGUGGCAACGCCUCGGAUUACUUUGACGGCGCUGAUCAGCAGCAGCAGCAGCAGACUCAGGCACAGACUACUGCCAGUGGAGGAUCGUCGAUGGGCAGCACUGCUGCUACCAGCAAUCCCGGUGCGGCAGCAGCCACCACAGCCAAUCCUCAGCAGAGCCAAGCAGCUUAGGGCUUCGUCCAUGGUGUUCCAAUGUCAAUACCAAUACCCAUACGCAUACGCAUGCCCAUCCCCUUAAUCGUAUUCCAAAUGCAAAUGGGGCCAUCAGCCCCAGCUGCGACUCCUACUCCGGAUUCGGCUUCGGCUCUCCAGCGCAGCGAGGAAUGGACGAGGAGGAGUGGGAGUAGGAGUAGGAGUAGGUGGAGGAGCCACACACCCGCCUUUAAUUGAUGUAACGCGCAACGAAACCAACUGCCAAACCAACUGUCGCUUCCCCCAGCUCUGUCAGUCUCCUGAUCUAUGCCUCGCCCUCGCGCCACUUCUUUAAUAGCUUCUCGUAGACGUUAGUUUGUAUGUGAGUAAUGGUAAACCCAAUUAUGAAUAAAACCCAUAUGCAUACCACCAA